UGCGAUAGAAUAUAAUGUCUCUUUUUGCUCUUCACAGCCAGUUACUACUGUAACAGUGAUGAGUUCCAGUGUGCCGGACCCCAUUUGUGCAUGUCCAGUAGUGUACGGUGCGACACCCAUGACAACUGUGGGGACAACAGUGACGAGUACUUGUGUCCAUCAUACGCGCCUCCUCCAGAGGUGUCAUCAUCAUCUUCCUUCGCAAGCACUGGGGUCAUCAUAGGCGCCGUUGUGGGGGCGUUAGCGGUGCUGUUCCUCGUGGCAGCGCUAGUGGGCGUCAUCUGUCACUGCAGCAAACGACAGGCAAGAGCUCCAGCAGCAGCCAGAUCCCCUGGCCCUACCGGUACCCCACUCUACCCUACCGGCCAGCAGGCUCCCUACCCUACCGGUGCCCCUCCAUACCCUAACACUGCCUCUCCUUACCCUGCUGCCGGCGCCCCUCCCUACCCAACCGCUGCCCCCGGACAAAACUACACAUACCCUACAGUCUUCAUCAACCCGGGUAACGCAAACACUGCUGGACCUGCGUUUGUGAUCCAAGGAGUUGCUAUCUCAGGAUACGAACCCCCUCCCGCUUACUCAUACCCCCCUCCCGGGUUCUCGUCUCCCCCAGCAGCAAACGGUCAGAACAACCAGCAAGAGGCCGUGCAGAUGGCAGCAAUGGAUACUUCUAAAUAAGUCCUCUUUUCUGUUGAUAUUGUAGAGGUCCACAGAGCUUAUUACUAACAUGGCGAUAGUUUGCCAGUGAUAAAUUGAUUUAAACAGUAAUGUUUAUAUUAAUGUUUAUAGGACAACUAUUGCAUGAUUCAGAUUUACUUUCCAUGACACUGUAAAUAUGUACCUACGCUAACAAAUCUGAUACAAAACCAUUUGUGAUACACAAAUGUAUGUAGUAAAGCCGAAGGACGAAAUCAUCGGUAUCAAGACCAGGUAUCAGUUUUAAUCAGACUUCCGCUCUGUAAACCGGAAUACUUUAUGACAUGCGUAUGAACGCUACAUUUGUCAUCAUUUAUUGUUUCAAAUGAAACUAAUAUUGAUACAGACUUGCUUUGCUCAAAUGUGUAAAUCCAAUUAAAACGUGGCUAUGUCAACACUCAUUCCUAAUAACAUCACCACUGUGACAUCAACUCAGCCUUCAUGCUCUGACUGUAAUGAUAUGAAGUUGUGUUCUCAAUUAAAGAAUUACUACCACUA